CAGCUCGCUGUUAGCGAGCUAUAAUAAUAUGUGUAGUAUAUUGUCGUCAGGGGGAAGAAAUAUUAAAUAAAAAAAGGUACUAUUAUGUAUACUGCUUAUAUAUACACUCACGGUUCAUUGUAUGAGAUUAUAUAUAUAUAAACAUGACCGUUCGUAACGCAUUAUAUAUUUAUAUGUGUGUCAUGUGUGUGUAUAUAUAUAUUAGUGUCGUCUGUUUGGGUAAUCGAUUUUCGAACGUGCGAGCGUGAAAUAAAAAAAUACCGAAAGAAAAAAGUGAAAAAUAAAAAACCCUCCACUCGCCGACAUUGCAUCCAGCUGCGGACUAUAUAAGCUAAAGGGGAUGAUAAUAUAUAGGUAUAUAUAGUACAAUAAUACUGCGUGUAAUAUCGUCGGAUAAUAGAGGGCGAUGCGGACAAUACGGGAAUAGAGAGAAAAAAGAAGAAAUAGAAUUAAGUCACCUACGAUAAGGUUCGUACAUACAUACCUAACAUACAAUAUACGUGGACUUGAAGUACCUAUAUACUAUAUAUAUAUAUAUAUAUAUCGUUCGAGGGAAAAGCGGCGGUAAGGCGUGGUGUGGCGGUGGCGCAAAGAUUUGUCGCCGCCGACACCACCGCUGAAAAUUCGAUAUAUCGGAGGGCGGAAACCGGUCGGGCGGACGCGGAUGAUGGAAACGUUUCUUACCCUAGAGAAAGAGAGAGGAAAUGAACGAGGAAGAGAUAGAGAGAGGAGAGAAAGAGAGAGAAAGAGAGAGAGAGGGAGAGAGAGAGAGGAAUGAGAGAGAGCGAGAUAGAGAGAGAAAGAGAGGAUGAGAUAUGGAGGCGAGAGGGAGAAAGAAAAGGGCGCAUGCGAUUUUCCGUUUAAAAAACCCCCCCGGGUUUCGGAUAAACUCGGUGUGCGUGUCGACGCCGUCGCCGCCGCCGCCGCGUGAGCGUUAUUUUGCCCGCUGUGAUUACGAACGCUCGUGCAGUCGUCGUCAUGCAGCAUCUCCGAGACCCGGCGAAAGACCAUCAGAGUACGUGAACACUGCACAUCACACUCCAUCGCGAUAUACUUAUCUGUAGGACGACACCCUUCACCGAGGACACAAAUAUACACGUUAUAAUAAUAUCGUAUAUUGUAUUCUUAUCAUCUAAUAUUAUUAUCACAAUCGUUAUUAUUAUAUUGCAUUAUAGACAAACGUACCUAUAUCGUUUUAAUUUGACGGUACGACAUUUGGUGUUGAGAAUCGCACACACAGAGUGAGAGAGAGAGAUAAAAAGAGAGAAUAGAUAUUUCGAUGUAAAUAAUUAUUACAUUAUAAUAUUAUAUUUGAAAAUAGAAACAGAUAAUUGGUCGUUGACGCAGUUCUCACGUUUUGAAGAUACACAUAAUAUAUAAACAGUAUUUUGUUUUACUCCUUCGAGUGAACAUAUUUCGUUUAACUGUACCACAAAUAUUAUAUAAUAUCCAUCAUGGACGGUAAAAUAUCAUCGGUGUUCGAAAAAUACUUUUCGCCUUCACCGCUGGUGAACCAAAUAAGGAAUUUUGUCAAUCGGCAAAUAGACGAGCAAACGCCACAAAACGUAAGCACACAACCAACCGCUGUAGCGAAACUUCACAGUAAUAAUGUAGUGAACGGCACCACUCCGAAACCCAUCACAAGCAACGAAAAACCAACGGAAGUCCAAGUACAUCCACAACCCGCUCAGCCUGCCGAUAGAAACUUAGUGCACGUUACUAAAGCACAGAUGAAAGAAUUUCAAGAAGCGUUUAGGUUAUUUGAUAAAGACGGCGACGGCAGCAUAACUAAAGAGGAAUUGGGUCGAGUCAUGCGGAGUCUUGGACAGUUUGCUAGAGAAGAAGAAUUGGAGACAAUGUUACAAGAAGUCGACAUUGAUGGCGAUGGGGCGUUCAGUUUUCAAGAGUUUGUAGAAAUUGUGUACAAUAUGGGUGGUACAGCAGAAAAGACGGCGGACCAAGAGGAAAAAGAGCUCAGAGACGCAUUUAGGGUAUUUGACAAACAUAACCGAGGAUAUAUAAGUGCGUCGGACUUGAGAGCUGUCCUUCAAUGUUUGGGUGAAGAUUUGUCAGAAGAAGAAAUCGAGGAUAUGAUCAAGGAAGUAGACGUCGACGGAGAUGGAAGAAUCGAUUUUUACGAAUUCGUGAAUGCCCUUGGAGAACCAGGAGAUGAUUAUGAUGAAAACGACGAAGAUGAAGAAGACAUUUACCCCCAAUUGGACAUUCAAACAUAGCUUAUAAACAAUAACAUGUUUUAGUAUGAUGCGAUAACAAGUCCAGUUAAAAUUGAAUUAUCAAAAAUGAUAACAAUAUUUUUUGUAAACGUAGGUUAAAAUGUUAAUAACUUACCCAUUUUGUAAUUUCUAUCAGGAAUAAACACACCAAUAUCUGUUUUUUUUUGCCAACUAAUGAUCUCUAAUAAGUAAAACAUAUUUUACUUUAAUAUCAAUGUACUACUGUAGUAUUGUUAAGUAAUUUAUGUCAUUUUCAAUGUUUAAUGUAUAAAUUAAUCAUUUAAUGGUACAAUCAGUAAUUCACCUUAAGACCCAAUUAUUUAUUAAAAACAUAUUAUAUCAUUAAUUUACUUCAUGUAUAAAUUUUAGUCAAAAAACAUUCAGUUAUAUGUUAUAAGUCGUUAUAACUAUUUAUUUAAGAAACUAUAAAAAAAUUAUUAUAUAUUAUAAUAGUUUACGUAUCUAUUUACUUCCAUGGAAGGCAUUUAUAAAUAGAAAAUGUUAAGGUAACUUAAUUAAAACAAUAAUUGUGAACAAGUA